CGCGCCGGGGAGCGGCGCAUGCGCGGGUGUCCCGCGAGCCCGCUGAGGCAAGCCGAGCCGCGGCGGCGCCGGGCGGCCAGCGACGGAGCUGCGAGGAGCCGAGCGGCGGCGCAGGGACGGCGGCGCCGGACAGGUGGUGAGCCCUCGGCCGCCUCGUCUGGGGCCGCUCGGCCGUCCGCCGAGUCUCGCUGGUCAGGACGUGGCAGCCGGCGGUGGCGGUGGCAUCCCGGACGGCCUGUGAGGGAUGCGCCGCCUACUGCCCCGCGCCGCCUGACCGCCCCCGCCUUGCCUCGCGGUGCGCCACAGCCGGGCCCGCGGCCGCCCCUGCGGUCGUCCCCUCCGCGCUGUCACCCGGCCGCCGCGCCUGCGGGGCUGCGCCCGGCCCGGCCAUGUGGACCCCCACGGAGGAGGAGAAAUACGGCGUAGUGAUAUGCAGCUUUCGAGGAUCUGUCCCUCAAGGCCUGGUCUUAGAAAUAGGAGAAACAGUUCAGAUUCUUGAAAAAUGUGAAGGUUGGUACAGAGGAGUUUCAACAAAGAAGCCUAAUGUGAAGGGGAUCUUUCCUGCAAAUUAUAUUCAUUUGAAAAAGGCAAUUGUCAGUAAUAGGGGGCAGUAUGAAACUGUGGUUCCACUUGAAGAUUCUAUUGUGACAGAAGUUACAACAACUCUACAAGAAUGGGCCAGCCUGUGGAAACAACUAUAUGUGAAACACAAAGUAGAUCUUUUCUACAAACUACGCCAUGUGAUGAAUGAACUUAUUGACCUGCGAAGGCAACUACUGUCUGGUCACCUGACGCAGGAUCAGGCACGGGAGGUUAAACGGCACAUCACCGUGCGCCUGGACUGGGGUAAUGAGCAUUUGGGCCUUGAUUUGGUGCCUCGGAAGGACUUUGAAGUGGUGGAUUCAGACCAGAUUAGUGUCUCCGAUCUAUAUAAAAUGCAUUUAUCUAGCCGACAGAGUGUACAGCAGAGCACAUCCCAAGUAGAUACAAUGCGCCCACGCCAUGGGGAAAGCUGUCGGAUGCCAGUACCACAUCAUUUCUUCUUCAGUCUGAAAAGUUUCACCUAUAAUACCAUUGGGGAAGAUACUGAUGUUUUCUUUUCUCUGUAUGACAUGAGAGAAGGCAAGCAGAUCAGUGAACGGUUUCUGGUGAGACUGAACAAGAAUGGUGGGCCAAGGAACCCAGAGAAGAUAGAACGAAUGUGUGCCCUUUUUACAGAUCUGAGCAGCAAAGACAUGAAGAGAGAUUUAUACAUAGUUGCCCAUGUGAUCCGAAUAGGCCGGAUGCUCCUGAAUGACUCCAAAAAGGGUCCUGCUCACCUACACUACAGACGACCUUAUGGAUGUGCAGUUCUAAGCAUUUUGGAUGUUCUGCAGUCACUUACAGAAUUAAAAGAAGAAAAGGAUUUUGUCCUUAAAGUUUAUACAUGUAACAAUGAGAGCGAGUGGACCCAGAUUCAUGAGAACAUCAUCCGGAAGUCAAGUACCAAGUACUCUGCCCCCAGUGCCAGCCAUGGUCUUAUUAUUUCCCUACAGCUUUUUCGUGGUGACAUGGAACAGAUCCGGAGAGAAAAUCCCAUGAUAUUUAAUAGAGGAUUAGCAAUUACACGAAAACUGGGAUUUCCUGAUGUCAUUAUGCCAGGUGAUAUCCGAAAUGAUUUGUACCUAACCCUGGAGAAGGGGGAUUUUGAAAGAGGGGGAAAGAGUGUACAAAAGAAUAUUGAAGUGACCAUGUAUGUACUUUAUGCAGAUGGAGAAAUCUUGAAGGACUGUAUCAGCUUGGGUUCUGGAGAGCCAAAUAGAAGUUCUUAUCACUCCUUUGUUCUCUACCAUAGUAAUAGUCCUCGUUGGGGAGAAAUUAUCAAAUUACCUAUUCCCAUUGACAGAUUCCGGGGCUCCCAUCUACGCUUUGAGUUCAGACAUUGUUCCACAAAGGACAAAGGGGAAAAGAAACUCUUUGGUUUUGCAUUCUCUCCCCUGAUGCGUGAUGAUGGCACCACACUCUCAGAUGAUAUUCAUGAGCUUUAUGUGUAUAAGUGUGAUGAGAAUAGCACAUUUAACAACCAUGCCCUGUACCUGGGCCUGCCCUGCUGCAAAGAAGACUACAAUGGCUGCCCUAAUAUUCCCUCCAGCCUCAUCUUCCAGCGUAGCACCAAAGAGUCUUUCUUCAUUUCUACACAGCUUUCUUCUACCAAACUCACACAAAAUGUGGACCUCCUUGCUCUGCUGAAAUGGAAAGCCUUCCCAGAUCGGAUCAUGGACAUACUAGGGCGAUUGCGGCAUGUCAGUGGGGAAGAAAUUGUUAAGUUUCUGCAGGAUAUAUUAGAUACACUCUUUGUGAUUUUGGAUGAUAAUACAGAGAAAUAUGGCCUUUUGGUUUUUCAGUCUCUGGUUUUCAUCAUCAAUCUGCUUCGAGACAUAAAAUAUUUCCACUUCCGACCUGUGAUGGACACAUAUAUCCAAAAGCACUUUGCUGGAGCCCUGGCAUAUAAGGAACUCAUCCGCUGUUUGAAGUGGUACAUGGACUGCUCAGCAGAACUGAUUCGGCAGGACCACAUUCAGGAAGCCAUGCGGGCCCUGGAGUACCUUUUCAAGUUUAUUGUGCAGUCACGAAUCCUGUAUUCAAGAGCCACAUGUGGGAUGGAAGAGGAACAAUUCCGGUCUAGCAUUCAGGAGCUCUUCCAGUCCAUCCGGUUUGUGCUGAGUCUGGACAGUAGAAACUCAGAAACACUCCUCUUCACUCAGGCUGCACUGCUUAAUUCUUUCCCCACCAUCUUUGACGAGCUGCUGCAAAUGUUUACUGUGCAAGAGGUAGCAGAGUUUGUGAGAGGUACACUGGGGAGCAUGCCGAGCACUGUGCACAUCGGGCAGUCAAUGGAUGUGGUGAAGCUGCAGUCCAUCGCCAGGACGGUGGAUAGUCGCCUGUUUUCUUUCUCAGAAUCCCGCCGCAUCCUGCUUCCUGUGGUUCUUCAUCACAUUCAUCUUCACCUGAGGCAGCAGAAAGAGCUGCUAAUCUGCUCAGGGAUUCUGGGCAGUAUCUUCUCCAUCGUCAAGACGAGCUCUCUGGAGGCAGAUGUCAUGGAGGAGGUAGAGAUGAUGGUAGAAAGCCUCCUGGAUGUGCUCUUACAGACUCUCCUCACCAUCAUGAGUAAAUCACAUGCUCAGGAGGCGGUAAGAGGGCAGCGGUGCCCGCAGUGCACAGCCGAGAUCACUGGUGAAUAUGUGUCCUGCCUCCUCUCAUUGCUCCGUCAGAUGUGUGACACCCAUUACCAACACCUUUUAGACAACUUCCAGAGCAAAGAUGAACUCAAGGAAUUUCUGCUGAAGAUUUUCUGUGUGUUCAGAAACUUAAUGAAGAUGAGUGUCUUCCCUCGAGACUGGAUGGUGAUGAGACUGUUGACAAGCAAUAUUAUAGUCACUACUGUCCAGUACCUGUCCUCUGCACUGCACAAGAAUUUCACAGAGACAGACUUUGACUUCAAGGUGUGGAAUUCUUAUUUUAGCCUGGCAGUUCUGUUCAUAAACCAGCCAAGCCUUCAGCUAGAAAUCAUUACUUCAGCCAAGAGGAAGAAGAUUCUAGAUAAGUAUGGGGACAUGCGCGUGAUGAUGGCAUAUGAACUGUUUAGCAUGUGGCAGAAUCUGGGUGAACAUAAGAUCCACUUUAUUCCGGGAAUGAUCGGUCCUUUUCUGGGUGUGACACUGGUCCCACAGCCAGAAGUGCGGAAUAUCAUGAUUCCUAUCUUUCAUGACAUGAUGGACUGGGAACAGAGGAAAAAUGGCAACUUCAAGCAGGUGGAGGCUGAGCUGAUUGACAAGCUGGACAGCAUGGUGUCAGAGGGGAAAGGUGACGAGAGCUACAGGGAACUCUUCAGUCUGCUAACCCAGCUGUUUGGGCCCUACCCCAGCCUUCUGGAGAAGGUUGAACAGGAAACAUGGCGUGAGACUGGCAUUUCCUUUGUUACCUCAGUCACCCGCCUCAUGGAACGCCUUCUUGACUACAGGGACUGCAUGAAAGGAGAAGAAACAGAGAACAAGAAGAUUGGCUGCACCGUCAACCUAAUGAACUUUUACAAAUCUGAGAUCAACAAAGAGGAAAUGUAUAUCAGAUACAUCCACAAGCUUUGUGACAUGCACUUACAGGCUGAAAAUUACACAGAGGCUGCAUUUACCCUGCUUCUUUACUGUGAGCUGCUACAAUGGGAAGACCGGCCACUACGGGAGUUCCUACACUAUCCAUCCCAGACUGAGUGGCAGCGGAAAGAGGGACUGUGUAGAAAGAUCAUCCACUACUUCAACAAAGGCAAAAGCUGGGAGUUUGGAAUCCCUCUAUGUAGAGAGCUGGCAUGUCAGUAUGAGAGCCUCUAUGAUUAUCAGAGCCUCAGCUGGAUUCGGAAAAUGGAGGCCAGCUACUAUGACAACAUUAUAGAGCAGCAACGCCUGGAGCCUGAGUUCUUUCGGGUUGGCUUUUAUGGCAGGAAAUUUCCUUUCUUCCUUAGGAACAAAGAAUAUGUGUGCCGUGGUCAUGAUUAUGAGAGACUGGAAGCCUUCCAGCAGAGGAUGCUCAGCGAGUUCCCACAAGCUGUUGCUAUGCAGCACCCCAACCAUCCUGAUGAUGCCAUCCUACAAUGUGAUGCUCAGUAUUUACAGAUCUAUGCAGUGACACCUAUUCCAGACUAUGUGGAUGUUCUACAAAUGGAUAGAGUACCUGAUCGUGUCAAGAGCUUUUAUCGUGUCAACAAUGUGAGGAAAUUUCGGUAUGAUAGACCUUUCCACAAAGGCCCCAAGGACAAAGAGAAUGAAUUCAAGAGCCUGUGGAUUGAACGUACCACAUUGACACUGACCCACAGCUUGCCUGGCAUUUCUCGGUGGUUUGAAGUGGAAAGGAGGGAACUGGUGGAGGUGAGCCCUCUGGAGAAUGCCAUCCAGGUAGUCGAGAAUAAGAAUCAGGAGCUUCGAGCUCUGAUAAGCCAGUAUCAACACAAACAAGUACAUGGCAACAUCAAUCUGCUCAGCAUGUGCCUGAAUGGUGUCAUUGAUGCAGCUGUCAAUGGAGGCAUUGCGCGCUACCAGGAGGCCUUCUUUGAUAAAGAUUAUAUCUCCAAGCACCCGGGAGAUGCUGAGAAGAUUGCCCAGCUAAAAGAGCUAAUGCAGGAACAGGUCCAUGUUCUUGGAGUUGGGCUGGCAGUCCAUGAGAAGUUUGUGCAUCCAGAAAUGCGACCUCUGCAUAAGAAGCUGAUUGAUCAGUUCCAGAUGAUGAGGGCCAGUCUAUACCAUGAGUUUCCAGGUUUGGAUAAGCUAAGUCCUGCAUGCUCAGGCACCAGCACACCACGGGGAAAUGUUCUGGCAUCCCAUAGCCCCAUGAGCCCUGAGAACAUGAAGAUGACCCACAGGCACAGCCCCAUGAACUUAAUGGGCACAGGCCGUCAUUCAUCAUCCUCUCUCUCCUCACAUGCAUCCAGUGAAGCAGGAAACAUGGUGAUGAUGGGUGACAGCUCUAUGGGUGAAGCUCCUGAAGAUCUCUACCACCACAUGCAGCUUGCAUAUCACAACCCCAGGUACCAGGGCUCAGUCACCAACGUCUCUGUUCUAUCCUCAUCCCAGGCAAGCCCUUCCUCCUCCAGCCUGAGUUCCACUCAUUCAGCACCAUCCCAGAUGAUUACCUCUGCCCCUUCUAGCACCCGAGGCUCUCCCUCUCUGCCAGAUAAGUACCGACAUGCCCGGGAAAUGAUGUUGCUGUUGCCCACACAUCGGGACCGCCCAAGCAGUGCCAUGUAUCCCACAGCUAUCCUAGAGAAUGGACAGCCACCAAACUUCCAGCGAGCCCUGUUCCAGCAAGUAGUUGGAGCCUGUAAACCCUGCAGUGAUCCCAAUCUGUCUAUGGCUGAAAAAGGUCAUUACUCCCUACACUUUGACGCCUUCCACCACCCUCUGGGUGAUGCCCCCCCAGCCCUCCCUGCCCGGACCCUGCGCAAGUCUCCUCUCCACCCCAUCCCAGCCUCCCCUACAAGCCCCCAAUCGGGCCUGGAUGGCAGCAACUCUACGCUGUCUGGCAGUGCCAGCAGCGGUGUGUCCUCCUUGAGUGAGAGUAACUUUGGGCACUCCUCAGAGGCCCCGCCUCGAACAGACACCAUGGACUCCAUGCCAAGCCAGGCCUGGAAUGGCGAUGAAGACCUUGAGCCACCCUACCUCCCUGUCCACUACAGCCUCUCUGAGUCUGCUGUCCUUGACUCCAUCAAGUCCCAGCCAUGCAGAAGCCACUCAGCCCCAGGGUGUGUCAUCCCUCAGGACCCCAUGGACCCACCUGCGUUGCCACCCAAGCCCUACCACCCCCGCCUGCCAGCCCUAGAGCACGAUGAGGGUGUGCUACUGCGGGAGGAGGCUGAGAGGCCACGGGGCCUGCACCGAAAGGCCUCACUGCCUCCUGGGAGCAUCAAGGAGGAGCAGGCCCGCAUGGCCUGGGAGCACGGCCGAGGGGAACAGUGAGGAGCAGAGAGGCAGCUGCACCACCACCUUCCAUAAGCAGCUUGCCCAGGCACUCCGGGUCUGAAAAGCAAGUCCCUCCCAGGGAGCUAGAGGCUUGGCACUCAGGAGAAAACCACCAGAGUCUCUGUUCUACUGCCGUGAACUCAUGUAUUGCCAUGUCCAGAGGCCACAGCAGCAUGAAGGCUUGUGGCUUCUCUUUUAUUUCAUUUUUUGUUUCCAUUUUUCUGGGUUUUCCUUUAUGCAGUAGUUGCUUUCUUCCUCCUGCAGUUCCAGACCACAUGGAGCUAUAUGGAGAUAUUGCACAGACAGAAUUGCUUUGCAGCAUUGCAGAGUCCAGGAGUAGGAGCCCAGGCCUCCUUCCAGGGUAGCGAUGGCGAAGAAUGGAAAUUGCACUAGGGACCUCUUCCUUUGCUGUAUGGACAGAAAAAAAAAAAAUCAUGGUUGCAUUCAGGGAUUGCAAGGACCACAUGGACUACAUGUCACAGGUGGACUAAGGGGCCACAAGCCGUUUUGCACAAAUGCUUGCCUGCCAGCCCACUCUUCCAUCUAGGAGUGUGCAACUGAGGGGCUGGUCAGGCACGUGACUGGCCUAACUGCAUGCCCAGGGCACACUGCCAGGCUUCCAUGGGCCAGCUUUGUCUCUUAUCCCACUUUGGACGUAAUUCAUCACUUUUAUUUUGGACCUUUUGCUCCUUUCCACUCAAAACACCUCAUGAUCUACAGAAGCCUCCCUGGCUUGAAUGGACUUGCAAGGGUUGUCUCUUAUGCCCAGGGCUUGAAUUAAAUGAAGCCAGAAGGGCUAUCAAUCCUUCAGGGAGUUAGACUCCUUCCCUUGUGUUAGAGAGAGCUGGUGUUAAGAGUGAGGCUGGAAUGUGGCAGGAGCCAGAAAGCUCUUAGCUUUCACAGGUGGCCCCAAAUGCCUGCCACUUAGCGCCUGAAUCAGGGAUUUUCAGCACUACCUCUGAGCCUUGGGGUUGGCUGCCCAGCCUGGCUUCCAGGCCCUGAGGAUGUGUGGUCAGGUUCAGUAAGCUCCUGGGUUUAAAAAAUAAAAAAAUAAACGAUGUUGGGAGGAAACUAAUUUUGGAAGCAGAGAGCCACACAGGUAAAACUGUUAUCUUCCAAGUAGCCAAGUACUGAACCCUCCACUCCAAACUCAGGGUUCAGGACCGGCAGAAGGGCAGCUUUUCAGACCUCCCCAGUCUGUUAGGCAGGCCACAGUGGUGACUUUAUAGGAAAUUCUUUCUUGUCAGGGCACUGAUUUUUCUCUUGGUAUUAUGGUGGGGGUAUGGUAAUAUUUUACCAGGGUGCUUCUAAGUUACUUUUAAAAAAAUAACUUGUCUUGAGACAGUUGGGUUUCUUUUGUUGUUGUUUUUUGUUUUGUUUUGUUUUUUUCAUUUGCUUACACUCACAUCAAUGAUGGCCAUGAGACUGCCUUCUCCUUGGUGAGCAGGUAUGUUAUUACCCUACACCCUUUAACUUGUUGGUCUUCUGGCCUCCUGUGGCCAAAUCCUGGGCCUAGCUGCUCAUUCUUUCUCCACAGUUCUUUCCCAAACAGAGAAGUCCACGGUCAGGGUGUUUUUCUCUUACAAACAAGUUCAGUAGAACUGCCAGCAAAUAACCCAAGGGAGAAGAUAGAAGGAAGGCCCAUUUUCCUCCAGAGUAUGUUGGGGUCCAGGGUCAAUAGCGUAGGGCUUUCUGAUACCCUCAGGAUCAUUUAGGCAGACAGAGUAGAGCAGAGGCUGCUGAGGAUGUAGGCCAAUCCAGGGAGCCCUGGCUCCAAGGGCACACGCCUGCUCCUGAGCCUAGGUUCAUUGGUAAGCUUGUCUCUGGACCGUCUGGGUUCACAGGUGUGAGGGUCAUUGAACGUGAUUCUUAGGUAGGACAGUCCAGGAAGGCAGCCAAUUAUGACAUGCUGACAUUUACCUUCUCCACUUGGUGGCACAGGAGGUAGGGAAGGGAAUGUAGGUUAAGUUCCUUGGCCUUGCUUUAUGCAAGAUGAAAUAUAUUUGUGUUGUCCCUCUCCAUUUUCCCUAACUGGAUGAAAUGGCCCUAUUCUGAGUACUUUCUAUUGAGAAACUAGCCAGUGUGAGGGAAAUGGGAGGCCAGAGAUCAGAAUCCUUUGAAAAGAUUGUGAAAUACUGAUUUUCAUUCUUUCAAGCAUAUUUGUAAAUAUCUAUUUGAAUGCUGUGUAUUUGUACAGGAAUUUGAGCAAAAAAAAUGUAUAGAGUGUGAUGUCUAAUUGGUAAUAAGCCCUAUAAAUGUGUUUUUAACCUCUGGCAUUCUGUGCUUAUUUAAAACAAGAAAACUUCUAACCAUUUCCUUUGUGUAUUCAUGUCUAAAGAAAAUUUGAUUUAAAAAUGAUCUUACCUGUACCAGAAGAGUUAAAGGGGAAAAAAAAUGUGCCGGUGUCCCAAGAGGUAUUUUACUGUAUAUAUUGUGGUAGCAUGUUAUAAAUCCAACAAGUAAUGUGAAUUUUAGAUGUAAAUAUCUGCCAAUUGACUCCUCCCCCUUCCUUGACUGCUGUGAUGUGAAUUAAAGAUGAAUACCUGA